AUUAGUUUGUAAAGAAAAAGUACCUGCCGGAAUAUAUGCGAUGCCACAGACACGUAGUCUUACAAAAUCUCAAUCUGACCAUCCUCAGAGGGGGUGCUUACAGUGAUCUCCAGUGCGAUUUUCUGAGUCUGAAACGGAACAACAUCCAGGCUAUCCAUCCAGGCGCUUUCAAAGAGUCUUCCAUUAUAAAUCUGGAUCUAUCGGAAAAUUUACUGAAAUGUCUUUUCACCGAUCGACUUCCACCGAACGAUUUGGAAGUACUAAAUCUGUCUAAGAACAAAAUCACUUACAUUGAACCAGGUUCAUUUCCCUCAACAAUUACUGAUCUGGAUUUGAGUUUUAAUGGUAUCACUGAAUUCGAUAUAGACAACUUCGAUAAUUGCGAAGGCAUUCGUAAACUUAGGUUGGCGGGAAAUAGACUUGUCUCACUGAUUUUGAAUAAAGAUUUGAUGACGAAGUUGGAAAAUCUAGACCUGAGUUAUAAUAGCAUACACCAAUACAAUUUUUCCGAUUUGGUCAGUCUCUCUCAUCUGAACUUGAGAAGUAAUAAAUUGAGACGACUGAUGCAAAAAUCUUUUUCGAAUCUGGAUAACUUAGAAGAGCUGGAUUUGUCUAAUAACAAACUAGAUGAUGCACUUAUCAUGUUAGAACAAUUUCCGAAACUACUUAUACUCAAACUGCAAAAUAAUAAUAUAAAACAAAUACAGUACAAUCUCUUUCUGAGCUCGAAAAAUCUAGGAGACUUGGAUUUAUCUGGUAACAGUUUGCAGAACUUCAACUUCACCAAUUAUGAGCUGCGGAAAUUGUGGCGCUUGAAGUUGAACAACAUGGAGUUGAGGCAGAUUCACUCGUCGCAAUUUUUGAACUUGAAUGCUCUGUACGAAUUAGAAUUGUCUUAUAAUUCCUUGUCAAAUUUCGAAGAUUUUAACAUACCAACUCUAUGGCGACUGGAUCUGAGUUUCAACCGUUUAACAAGAAUUUGGAAUAAUUUUAUACACUUGAAAGCUUUGGGGAGCUUAGAUUUGUCCCAUAAUAACAUCUAUCGGUUCAACAUCGAAGAUUGCGAUCUGGAAAGAAUUUGGAAAAUCAAACUGAAUAACAAUUACAUUGGGAGAAUAAGUGACAGGCACUUACCGAACAUGAAAUUCCUUUUGUUCCUUGAUUUAUCCAACAAUCAUUUGAAAACCUUCUCCAUUUCAGAGAACAAACUGAGCCGAUUGAGAAUCAUGGAUAUAUCUUCCAACAACAUCUCUCACUACGAUGAAGAUACUUUUGAGAGUUUCACAAACUUGCGAUUCUUGAGUUUGAGAAAUAACUUCAUAGGUCAAGUUCCCUCAUAUAUUUUAUUCGAAAACUCCCAGAUGUUUCACCUAGAUUUGUCGUACAAUCUGAUAACUUCUUUCAAAUAUAACAGACAUCUUUUGAAUACUACUCUGAAGACUUUCAACAUCUUCGGAAAUCCAAUUAACUGUAUUCAUCUCAGGCAAAUAGAGGAGUUUUGUCAUCAAAACCGAAUUGACCUGAAUAUUUGUGAUGAGCACUGUAGAGCCGACGGAAAAACUCCAGUUUGUGUUGACUAUGGGUGUGAUUGUGAAACUGUAUUCAACUCGUUGACAGAGAUGUACUUACGACAGGUACAUCAAAACAGUAUUCAAAAGUGUAGCUUUGAAGAAUUGACACAUAAUCUAGUUUGACAAUAAAUGCUUCUGAAUGAAAAGUUCA